CUCGCAGAUCUGAUGUUUUGUUUCCUGCUGCAGGAUGAUCACCUACGAGUGCUGUCCUGGUUAUGAGAAGAUUCCUGGAGAGAAGGGCUGCCCUGCAGCGCUACCUCUGGUAAAUAUCUACAACACCCUGGGUGUAGUCGGAGCCUCCACCACGCAGAUGUACUCUGAACGAGCCCAGCUGAAGGAGGAGAUCGAAGGUCCGGGAAGCUUCACGUUCUUCGCCCCGAGCAACGAGGCCUGGGCCGCCCUGCCGACAGAGAUCCUGGACGCUCUGGUGAGCAACGUUAACAUCGAGCUGCUGAACGCUCUUCAUUACCACAUGGUGGACCGCCGGCUGACCUCCGAGGAGCUGAGACACGGAUCCUCCUUCGCCUCCAUGUACCAGGACUUCCACGUCCACAUCCACCACUACAGCAACGGGAUUGUGACGGUCAACUGCGCUCGUCUCAUCAAACCCGACCAACACGCCACUAACGGCAUCGUGCACGUGGUCGAUCGUGUCAUCACCGCCAUCUCCAACAACGUGCACACGCUGCUGGAAGUGGACGACGACCUGGAAACACUGCGUACGGCGAUGGCCGCUGCAGGUCUGAACACCAUGUUGGAGAACGAGGGUCAGUACACUGUUUUCGCUCCCACCAACGAGGCCUUCGAUAAGAUUCCUGAGGAGACCCUGAAUAGGAUCCUGGGAGACCCCAUAGCUCUGAGAGACCUGUUGAACUACCACAUCCUGAAGCACAUGCAGUGUGCCGAGUCCAUCGUGUCGGGGACUCCGAUGGAGACUCUGCAGGGCACCAUGCUGGAGGUCGGCUGUGACGGAGACCAGAUGACUCUGAACGGGAGGGCCAUCAUCACCAAGAGAGACCAGCUAGGAACCAACGGGGUCGUACAUUACAUCAGCGAGCUGCUCAUCCCCGACUCAGCCAAAGUUCUGCUGGAGCUGGCUGAAGGUUCGUCCGUUUCCACGGCGACCAAGCUGUUUGUGGAGGCGGGUCUGUCCCCCCACCUGACGGGCUCCGAGCCUCUGACCAUGCUGGCUCCUCUGGACGACGCCUUCAAAGGAAGUGACACGACGAUGACACCCGACAUGAGGAAGCUGAUGACCAAUCACAUCCUGAAACAGCAGCUGUCCUCCAAGUCUCUGUACCACGGUCAGGAGCUGGAGACGCUGGGAGGCAUCAAACUCAGAGUGUUUGUCUACAGAAAUAGCCUGUGCAUUGAGAACGCCUGCAUCGCUGCUCAUGAUAAGGCAGGACGCUACGCCGCGAUGUUCACCGUGGACAAAGUCCUAACCCCACCCAUGGGCACCAUCAUGGACGUCCUGAAGGCAGACGACCGCUUCAGCCUGCUGGUCGGAGCCGUGCAGACUGCCGGGAUGACGGAACUGCUGAACCAGCAGUUGGCGCUCACCUUCUUCGCUCCCACCAAUGCCGCCUUCAGCGCUCUGCCGCGGGCCGACCUCAACCAGCUGAUGCAGAGCCGUCCGGAGCUGUCCUCUCUGCUCAGGUUUCACCUGGGGGAGGGCAUGCUGGUCAGUGGGGGGGUGGGAUCUCACACCAGACUGAAGCCUCUGCAAGGAGAAAAGCUGGAGCUGGGAGUGAGGAACUACACGGUGUACGUGAACAAGGUCCCGGUGGCCGACGCAGACCUGAUGGCAACUAACGGAGUCGUGCACGCUGUGGACAGCAUCAUCAAACCUAUGCCUCCGAAGGUGGACAGAGAGCAGGCUGAUGGACCUGCAGAUCCGCUCAGAACAGCUGCCUCUUCCAGGGCUGACUCCAAGAGCUUCAGGAACGACGAUUUAUUCCAGAAGGUGGUCAGCAGCCGCUCCAGCAGGACGAUGACGCAGUAAAACUUCUGCACAACGAUCUCGUGCCAAAGGGUCAAAGGUCACAAACAGAAAAACUCCCCUGAAGUCUCCUGACACUGCCGAGUUUGUCUGAGAGGAUUUAGUUUCAUUUUUAAUAUAGAAAACACGUGAGAGGUAAAUGAAACACAACUUAUUAACUCACUUCCUGUUCCAGCUCAACCUGCAGAAAUAGGACGAAGUUCUUAAUCAACCAUCAGAUAUUUAAAUUAAUAUGCUGACAUUUGGUAAGAAAUUCUGCCCUUUCUAUCCAAAUUCAUUUUUAUUUUUGUCUCUGACAUUUUUCUCCCUAUUGAUAAUUUUAGAAUUUAUUUUCACAAACAUGUUAUUUCGAUUAUUAUACUUAUAUUUUUAGGAUUUUAUUUCAGAUUUCUCUUCACAUAUUUUUAUGACAUUCUAAACAUAGAUUUUCAC